ACAGGGAGCGCAGCGUUGGUGGGGAAUCCUUCUACACGCACGGCGAUGACGUUCAUUUGGAACUCUUCACGCAGUAAGGUGGAAUAACACUCAGAACGAGUUUGACAGUCGGAGCUCUCUAGUUUAAAAGGAUAAAGAUCGCAAGAGAAACAUUUUGUUUCAUCUCGCGAGAAGUCAAACAAUUUUUUUUUUUGAGAACUGGAGUUUGCAGACAACUUAGAAACUACAGAAAGAUACUUAAAAAGAAAUACAUACAUACAAGUUACAGAAAAAAAAGAACUUUGACGAACCUUUCAAGAAGUGAAAGGUUGAACUGAAUACAGAUUUAUAAUAGAACGAGAACUGCAGGAGCUAUGCGGAUAACUGUCGUGUUUCUAGGUCUAAUGCUUGUAACCCUGGCCGAGACCUUACCACACAAUGUUCACAGCAGACAGAAACGAGGCUUCAGAGCAAAUUCAGUCGACAGGGUUGCCCAUGGUUACGGAAAACGGGCGGAAUCAGACCGGAAACAUUUAUAUUUGAGCGAUUUAAGUGACACGUUAACGGUGGAAGACUUGACGCAGCUGAUCGUAGAAAACCCAUCGUUAGCAUUCGCUCUGGUGAAGACGUUCGUCGACACCAAUGAUGACGGAUAUAUUAGUAACAGUGAAAUAUACAAUAGACUUGACCAGUGAUGUACCCAAACAAUGGGUGCUCCAAACCCUCCAAAUUUCGUCCACGACAAUGUUGGCGAGAGAACAUCGGGAAACUCAAAUUGUGCUAAAAACAAAUCAUGGAACUUGAUCAACAAGAUUCGGUGGAGGAAAAGACGACACAGAAGAGAAAGUUGAAAAUUCUACAAAUAAAACAGUCUAUCUCUACUUUUGGAUUUUAGUGAUGCUAGUUUUAAAAUAUGUCCGUCGAUUCAGGAUUAUUUUGAAGUCCAGUUUGAAGACUAAUUCGUAUUACUGAAAGGUUUAUGUUGUAAAAUGUGCAAAGAUCUCCAUUUUAGUCGUUUAAAAUGCCUUUUGUGACGUCAUCGUGUAACCUCUAACUGUCUAACAGAACAACUGCUUUCGUUGCAACUAAUUUUGUUUCUUUUGCUUGACUCUUUAACGAUAUUUAGCACUCCUUGAUAACACAUAUUAUUUGUGCAAAAACCACAUAUUCAAAAUGGUGAUUCAUUUAAAAUGUCAAGUGGUAACAUUCAAAUUAGUCUCCAACCAAUCAAAAGACGUUUUGAAGCUAUCACGUGACUGGCGCGCAUGACAUUAGAGCUAACAGUGUAAAAAUGUGAACUGUCUUUCUUUUUCCUGUGAUUUCGCAUUUUAAUUAUGGAGCAUAUUAUAUUCUGAUAAAUAACUUCUCCAUCAAGCAGAGACAUUAUAUAUACAUGUAUAUACAUAAAGGAUAUUUUAUAUAUACAUAUACAUAUGUAUGUAUGUAUGUAUGUAUGUAUGUAUGUAUGUAUAUGUAUAUAUAAAAUAUUCUUUUUAUUAUCGCAGACGACCCAACAACGAUAAAGGAAUCUUGGAAUAUAAACUAGAAUUAGCCACUGAUAUUGUCUUAAGUGAUAUUUAAUCAUAUUUCUCAGUGUAUACAUCAAAUGUAUUUAAACUAUGUCAAUAUAUUCAGUAGACUUCAAAUAUUAUGAUAUGAAUUAUAUUUCGGACAGUUCCAUAAACUAAAUAUUUGGCUACACCGACUUCUGUCUCACUAACUGACAACAACUAAUCAUUAACCCCCUGUCCUAGAUAGACAGCCCAAAUAGUUGGGAAGUGUUCCAGUUACAACGUGUGUGUGAACCUUAAUUCCAUAUAAGCACGGACAUUUUUGCCAGCCGUUUUCGUUACGCCGAGAGAAUCAGACAAUGUGUAUAAAAGUAAUAGCUCAAUAAUGACGUAGGAAGAUUUUGUUUUUUAAUUGUUUCCUUUAUUCAUAACGGCAACAUAGCCAUAGCUUAAUAGAAUUAAUACAGACUAUAAAAGAAGUAUUUUAAAAGUUAAGACUAUAUUGCCAAAUGGAUAUGGUAAAAGCAAAUUUCCCAAGGGAGAAAUCAUUUUGUUAAUGUUACUCUGUAGGAAAAUGUAGAUCCAACAUGACGCCCACUGUCGUACAUCCGAGACAUGAUUCGUAGAAUUGGCCGAGGAAUUCCGAAUGUUUGUUCUGUCAUUACUAAAAACCGGCUUACAAGUACGUCUAGAGAUAUGAAAUGCGAAAGUGUUAUAGGUACGUACUCACGGUACAAUAAUUGAAAACGAUUCGAAAAUGUACGAGCGAGAUGUAUUGAAAGAAUACCUAGAUUGUAGUUACGAUUUUAUAUGUUCACAACAUUUUCGAGGGAAGUCUGAAAGAUUACAAUUUUUAAUUUAAAUUCAAUUUAUUAUUAUUGUAAGAUUACUAUUAUUUAAAAAGCAUCAGGCUGUUAUUAUAAGUUGCGUUGUGAUAACGUACCUUUAUCACUUUCUGAGGGGUCAGAUUCGCAUAUUCAGACAGUUUAGCGCACCCUGGAAUGGGUGUAUCUUAUAAUUCUCCCACAAUAUUCUAUUCAACAAUGAUGAACUUUUGCAGGAGGCGCUUAACAUUUUCCAAAGAGUAUACUUUAAAGGCACUUGGUUCUUUUGGUAUUUCUGCUUAAAACUUAGUUUCUUACUUAAAACGUUAAAUGAUAUUUAUGAUGAUGUUAUCACCUACAAAAUCGCCCAGCAGUCAACAACCAGGAAUUGUUUAAACAUUGUCUGGAGACGAGAGAUUUCACGACCAUUUAAAGUUAUCUGAAUUGUAUAUUGUGUGCAUUUGUAAAUGGUACUUUCAAAACAACAGCGUCAGCAAAAUACUGGUGCGCGCGAAACGUAGGGGUGGAUCCAUGAUUUUGUAAACGGGUGGGGGGGGGGGGGGGGUUGGGGACAAAAUUCUUAAAACAGCAAGUUUGAGUUUGUGGAAAGCAAAUGAGUCGAACUUUUCAAGGGGAUGGGGAUCUGAAGGGGGUUCGGAGGCAUGCUCCCCAUAAAAUUUUGAAAUAAAGACGAUAAGAGACGCGUUUUGAGGACAAUUUAGUGGGAUUGUGAUGACGAAUAUAUUUUUUAAAAGGCCAUUAAAAAGGACAUUUGGUGGAUGGUGGAUUACGGGAUUUCUAUGAUUCCUCCCGUCUCUGAGUCCGCCAAUAAAAAGACCACGUCAGGGUACCGUCUUGAGCUUUUAAAAAUAUUGGGACAAAUAAGAAUGCACGGAAUGGACAGACAUGAAAUUAUCAAAGUAAAAGACAGUAAACGCGACGUCAGUCAUACAAUACGAGUGCCUCGUACGAGAAUAGCCACGGAAAUAGCCGAUUGACUAAACAAACACUCGGAUUUCAUCGGUUGUUGUAUGCAAUCGGUUAUUCUCGUUGCUAUUCUCGCACUAGGCAAUCGUAUCGUGUGUCGACCUGGACCCCGUUUUACGCAGCGGUGUUACCGUUAAGGUAAUCUUAAGCGCAUAUGGUAGAUAUGCAUUUAAAGUGAUUUUAGCGCUAAGAUCGCAUUGUAAAACAGGGGCCCAGGAACCCACUUCUCUAGCUUUCACAACUAAGUGAUCUUGCAGUGCAAAAAAAGGACUUGCAGGGACUAUGGAAAGAAGGAAAUGGUUUAUUUAACGACGCACUCAACACAUUUAAUUUUUUCGAUUAGCAGCAAGGGAUCUUUUAUAUGCACCAUCCCAUAGACAGGAUAGCACAUAUCACGACCUUUGAUGUGCCGGUCGUGGUGCACUGGCUGGAGCGAGAAAUAGUGCAGAGACUAUGAUGGUGAUUAAAAGAGCUUGAGAGCUUUGUGGAUUAUGUCUCUAAAGUUACGUAUGUUUGUAGUGGACCAGGUGCCUUUAAAUUUUCGAUAAUGUGUACAGUAUAAGAACAAAGAUUUCAGUAAUUUUUUAAUGGUUCUCUCCUUUUUCUUUUCUCUUUUUUAAAAUGGGUUAAUGUCCUUUGUGCAUUUAAAUACAUUUUGCUGCCUUAAAACAAGGCUUACAAAUUCAGUUGUAUGCUGUAUGGGAAGUAAUAACAUUAUAUAAUCCUUAAAUUGGUAUGAGGACUUAGGACUGUAAUACUUUCCUAAUGGUUUCCUUUUCGGAAAUGGGUCUAGAUGUGUUCUGUCGUAUUUAAACAUCAUUUUGCUCUCUUUAAAACUAAUAUGCACACAUUCAGUUGCAAGAUGUAUACAACGUAACACAACAACAUAAUCCCCUAAUCGGUAGAACAAUUAGAAUUUCAGUUCUUUUUCUAAUGGUGCUCCAUUUUUUGGAAAUGGGUCUAUGUGUUUUAUUGUAUUUUAGCAUGCAUUUUGCUCCCUGUAAAACAAUGUUCGUGAAUUCAGUUGCAAGCUAAAUACAACGUAAUCUGUGAAACGAUUAUUUUAAUACAUAGUCGUCUGCAAUCUUACCGUAGUCAUGCUCAUAAAUAUACGGUCACCUAACACCUUAUUAAAUGGUUCUACGACAGUUUUUAAUAGAAUAAUUAUUAUGUUGUCUAAUUCUGUUCUUAUCGAUAUUAAAUAAAUGUAUUUAUCUUUACAUGUGCAGAUUCUUACUUUGUAUGAUCAUGUAAGGAAGGCUGUGUAUUAACGGGUUUCUGAUCUGGUGUUGACCCACCAACGUUAUUCUGGAAUAAAUUUGUGUCAAAUUCU